AUGGAUCUUCUCAAACCCACCUCUGCAAAUUCAUGCCCACUUACUCCUCUUACCUUCCUAGAUAGAGCUGCUACUGUUUAUGGCGAUUGCACUUCCAUCGUUUACAAUCAUACCACCUAUACAUGGUCUCAAACCCACCGUCGUUGCCUUCAGGUAGCUUCUUCUCUCGCCGGAAUUGGAAUCCGGCGAGGACAUGUUGUCUCCGUUUUGGCAUUUAACAUUCCCGCCAUGUAUGAGCUUCAGUUCGCCGUCCCCAUGGCCGGUGCUGUACUUAACAACCUCAACACCCGUCUUGAUGCUCGGACCAUCGCCAUCAUACUCCGCCACGGUGAGUCGAAGUUACUCUUCGUUGACUCCCAUCUUCAAGCUCUUGCAAUGGAAGCUGUGUCGCGAUUCCCGCCGGAGAUACCACGGCCGGUGGUGGUUCUCAUUAGAGAUAAUGUAGGUUCUCAGGCGACCAACGACGUCGAGUUCUUUUAUGAGGAUUUAGUGGAGAAAGGUGAUGAAAAUUUCCAGUGGAUAAGACCCGAAAAUGAGUGGGAUCCGAUUACAUUAAAUUACACCUCCGGUACGACGUCUUCUCCGAAAGGAGUUGUACAUUCUCACCGUGCAACCUUCAUCGUCGCCGUCGAUUCACUGAUCGACUGGCCGGUGCUGAAAAAACCGGUUUUUUUAUGGACUUUACCGAUGUUUCAUUCCAACGGAUGGAGCUUCACUUGGGGAAUGGCCGCCGUUGGUGGUACCAACAUUUGUCUCCACAAGUUCACCGCAGACGACGUCUUCUCCGCCGUGAACCGUCACCACGUGACCCACAUGUGUGGAGCACCGGUCGUCCUCAACAUGAUAGCCAACUCACCCAACGCGAAACCUUUAGAAAACCCAGUUCAUUUCUUGACCGGCGGAGCUCCUCCUCCGGCGGCUGUAGUCCUCCGUACCGAGUCAUUAGGUUUUAUAGUCAGCCAUGGGUACGGCAUGACGGAGGUCGGCGGAGUAGUGGUUUCAUGUGCUUGGAAAGAAAAAUGGAACCGGUUGCCGGUGACAGAAAGAGCGAGUUUAAAGGCAAGGCAAGGAGUGAGAACCCUAGGAUUGACUGAAGUCAACGUUCUAGACUCUGAGUCAGGACUCGGAGUUAAACGAGACGGGUUGACUCAAGGUGAAAUCGUGCUGAAAGGAGGGUGUUUAAUGUUGGGUUAUCUAAAAGAUCCACGCGCCACCGCCAUGUGCAUGAGAGAAGAUGGGUGGUUGUACACCGGCGAUGUCGGAGUAAUACACCCCGAUGGCUAUUUGGAAAUCAAAGACCGAUCAAAAGAUGUGAUCAUAACCGGCGGCGAGAAUGUGAGUAGUGUGGAGGUGGAAUCGGUGUUGUACUGUAAUCCAGCGGUGAACGAAGCGGCGGUGGUGGCGCUGCCGGAUAAGUUUUGGGGAGAAACUCCUUGUGCUUUUGUAAGUUUAUUGGGUGAUAAAGAUGGAAGUGGGAACGUAAAGGCGAGCUCCGACGAGAUAUUGAAGUUUUGCAGAGAGAGGUUGCCGCAUUAUAUGGUGCCGAAGACGGUGGUUUUCAUGGCGGAGCUGCCGAAGACGGCCACCGGAAAGAUCAAGAAAUUUACGUUACGAGAAAUGGCAAAGAAUAUGACCCCUUCAAUGGGAAACUCUAGGAUGUAA